CACAGGCGCAAGUUAGCAAGAGUAUCAAAGGUGAAGGACGUGCGCCGCGUGGGGUGAGCGUCACCAAUUUCUGUGGUGACGUCUUCCAACAAAAGCCGCAAAACGCAGUGAGUGAAGAAGAUCGACUUCCUCUCUCUCCCCCAAAUCUAUCUCAAGAUUUGAGGGGGCGUUUGCAGAUCCAGGGUUUUUGGUUUUGCGGUUUUAGGGUUUUAGAGGUUUCGAAAUAUGGCCACCCCCUAUGCCUUUCCCGUCACUGCUGCUCAGGUUGGGACGUACUUUGUGACACAGUACUACCAAGUGCUUCAGCAGCAGCCGGACUUCGUGCACCAGUUCUACUCCGAGGCCAGCACUAUGGUUCGUGCCGAUGGCAAUUCCAGAGCCACCGCCGUCGCAAUGCAGCAAAUCCAUGAUCUUGUUAUGUCACUUAAUCUGACUGGAUUUGAAAUCAACAAAGCAAAUUCCUUGGAAUCCUGGAAUGGAGGUGUUCUUGUGCUGGUUGAAGGCUACCUUGAAAUGAAAACUUUCACUGGGAGGAGGAAAUUUGCACAAACAUUUUUCCUUGCACCUCAGGAGAGAGGUUUUUUUGUGCUGAAUGAUAUAUUUCACUUCGUUGAUGAGGAACCGAUUCAUCAACAUCCAGCGGUCUUAUUAGCCCAAAACAAUCUCAACGCCAAGCUAAGUGCUCCUGCUACAAUUCCGCAUCCAGUGGCUAACUAUUAUCUGGGUGAAGAAAUUCAGACAAGAGACUUUGUGGCUCCUGCUGUCAAAGAAAAUGGACCAGUUGAAAGUUAUGGUUUUGCCGAGCAGCAGCUGCAGCAAGUUGUUGAAACUGAGAACUUGUUGGAUGAUGGUGCUGUAGAACAAUCAAAUGGUUCACUUCAAAGCACGCCGAAUACCGUACAAGAUCACCUGCAUGCAUCUGUUGAGGAACCUAUUGGAGAGCCCCAAAAGCAGACCUAUGCUUCUAUAUUACGCGUUGCUAAAGGACAACCUGUGCCUUCUGUAACUCCCCACCAUUCAUCUAACAAAAGUGCACCAAUGGCUUCAGAGUGGAAUCACUAUCCUCAGUCCUCUGCUCAGCAGCCCAUUUCACCAUUGAAUACAUUUGAAAGGCCUGUAGAAGAGACAGCAGAUGAGGUUGCUGCCCCAGAAGAUGAAGGCGAAAUAAAGUCUGUUUAUGUAAGAAACUUGCCGACUACUGUUUCCCCAUCUGAAGUUGAGGAGGAAUUUGUGAAUUUUGGAAAACUCAAGCAGCCUGAAGGAGUGGUUAUUAGGAGUCGCAAGGAUGUUGGUGUUUGCUAUGCGUUUGUUGAAUUUGAAGAUAUUACCGGUGUGCAGAAUGCCGUCAAGGCUGGUAGUGUUCAGAUUGCUGGACAACAAGUAUACAUUGAAGAGCGGAGACCAAACAGCAACAUCCCGUCUCGAGUGGGAAGAAGGGGAAGAGGAAGGGGCAGCUACCAAGCAGAGGUACUGAGAGGUCGUUUUGGCUCGCGGGGUUUUCGGAGGGGAGGUGGCUAUGAUGGAGGUGACCACGAGUACAGUCGACCGAGGGGAAAUGGCUACUAUCGGUCAAGUCCUCGACAAGACACAGGGAACUCGGGUUAUCAAUCAUCAAGAAGCGGGCAAAAUUCAUCAGAGUUCACUAAGUAAGAUUAUUUUACAGCAAGCGAAGGAAAGUUUUGGGUCAGCAGAUAACUUUAAUUGGUUGCAAAAACUACAUACUGGUAUUCCGUAGAGUCGGUUUAGCUUUAGAUGUAUUGGGCAUAUCCAUCAUAUUUUUCUGAGGAGUUGCUUGGCGUUGGAUUUUUGCAAUUUUGACCUCAUUUUUUCUUUGCGAAAUCCUCCAUAGUCACUCUUGUUGAUGCAGUUAAUUUAAAUUCAUUCCUACAAGUGCAAAAAUUGUGAUACGCAGAAUGCGGUAAGAUGCCGCUUACACGCAAAUAGAGUCGCACAGGCGGGGCGCCAGGCAAGACCAGCAACUAUUUGUUGUAUGUAGCUUCAGUUACAUGAAUUGAUACAUAGAUUCUGCACUAAAUUGAAACUUUGUCCCAGAAGUUACUUUGAA